CUCGGAUGUCCUGCUCGGAGUGGCGAACCAAGCUUCAACUUUACAACAGUGAGAAAGGAGGCAACGAUUUGCAAUGCGCGCUGUCACUCGUGUUUCAUGGAAAAAUCGGUCAACUCUCGAAAGUUAAUCUGUGCAGUUAUUUGAGUUUUGCUCGAGAUACAUUUUUAGCUGUUUUCUUUGUGUUUCUUUUUGGAAAAGUUACAGAUACAGUUGGGUAGAAAUGCGCGUUGUUAUAUUAGCUAGUGUGUCUUUCCGAAACAGCAGAAAGACGAGUUUUCGGAGGUUACCAUAGUUAGCCUUUAGCCAUAUUGUUGGCAGAAAAUACAUUCACAAUAAUUUAACAACUUCAUCGAAUUUACUUUUGGAAGAAUUUUUCUUUUGGAGGUUCGAUGAUUUGAGGUUUCCAGUUUCGUUGUAAAGGAAACGUUGCAUUGAUUUUGUCUCUUUGAAUCUUUUAUAGCCAUUUUUUCUCGGGCAAAUAGUUGUAUUGUUGUUGGAAUAAGCAUGGAUCCCAGCCAGCACAACCCUCCAGCCGGUCACCAGAUAGUCCACGUCCGGGGAGACUCGGAGACGGAUCUGGAGGCCCUUUUCAACGCUGUAAUGAACCCGAAAAAUACCAGCGUCCCCCCCUCCGUCCCCAUGAGGAUGAGAAAGCUCCCCGAUUCCUUCUUCAAACCGCCAGAGCCAAAGUCCCACUCCAGACAAGCCAGCACAGACGCAGGUACGGCUGGUGCCCUCGCCCCCCACCACGUGCGUGCCCACUCGUCUCCGGCCUCUCUACAGCUAGGGGCAGUGUCACCCCUGUUGGGCAUGGUCCCCGCGGGCGCCCCUCCAUCGAACCUCCGACAGUCGUCCUAUGAGAUCCCAGAUGACAUGGCCCUGCCCCCGGGCUGGGAGGUGGCUCAGACCCCCUCUGGACAGAGAUACUUCCUCAACCAUCUGGACCAGUCGACCACCUGGCAGGACCCUCGUAAGGCCCUCCUACAGAUGAACCCUCCCACCAGCCCUGUACCAGUCCAGCAGCAGAACACCAUGAGCCCAGCUAGUGGUCCUCUCCCUGACGGCUGGGAACAGGCCGUCACCUCCGAGGGAGAGAUCUACUACAUCAACCACAAGAACAAAACCACCUCCUGGCUCGACCCACGUCUCGAGCCGUGCUACAGCCUGAAACAGCAGCGUAUCACCCAGAGUUCUCCAGGUAAGCAGGGGGGCCAACUGCCCUCCAGCCCCCAAAGUGGAGGAGUCACGGGGGACAGCAACCAGACUAAGCUCCAGCAGCUGCAGAUGGAGAAGGAGAGGUUGAGACACCAGGAGCUGCUCCGCACCAGAACACAGGAGCUUGCUCUGAGGAACCAACUGUCCACCAGUAUGGAGCAGGAUGGGGAACCCCCGAACCCCGUGUCGUCCCCUGGGAUGGGCCAGGACGCCAGAAUCAUGACCACCAACAGCAAUGACCCGUUCCUCAACAGUGGGACCUACCACUCCAGGGACGAGAGCACAGACAGCGGUCUGAGUAUGAGCAGCUACAGUGUCCCCCGGACCCCUGACGACUUCCUCAACAGUGUGGACGAGAUGGACACAGGGGACUCCCUGUCGGUCUCCAUGGAAACACAUCCCGGUCGUUUCCCUGACUACCUGGACGUCAUCCCGGGGACAGAUGUAGACCUGGGCACGCUGGAGAACAAGAGCAUGACCAUGGAGGGCGAAGAGCCUAGUCUCCAGGAAGCAUUGAGCUCCGACAUCCUAGACGACAUGGAGUCUGUUCUGGCGGCCACCAAGAUGGACAAGGAGAGCUUCCUCACAUGGUUAUAGACCAAGCUGGACCUGCGCCUCAUCACGGAGAAGCUAUAGUAUACAACAUCGGUUUACAAACUUGUUUUUGCUUCAUGACCCACCAAUUGAGGUGGGUGUUUAGUCAUGACCCACCACAAGAUUUGAGCGGUGGAACAACACGCUCUGACCCGCAGGUAUAUAGCAGAGAGGAUCCUGGGAUGAGCUCCUAUGGGCUCUAUAGGAGAGACAGAGCUUCGUACUCUGCUCUUCUCUCCUAUAGUCUACACGUUCACCUGCUGCCUAGUCAAACUCUCAGACCAGUGAACGAUGUGUAGUUGCCUUGAUUAAAACAACAAUCUGUUCCUCCUUCCUAGAUAGGAAUAAUAUCUGUCAUCGGGCAGCACACAUGAUAACAUGGCCGACUGACGCAUUCAUUUACAUUUACAUUUAAGUCAUUUAGCAGAUGCUCUUAUCCAGAGCGACUUACAAAUUGGAAAGUCCAUACAUAUUCAUCCUGGUCCCCCCGUGGGAAUUGAACCCUGGUCCCCCCCGUGGGAAUUGAACCCACAACCCUGGCAUUGCAAGCGCCAUGCUCUACCAACUGAGCCACACGUUGUUUCUGUUGUUUCUAUGUCUUUAUUUUUGUUGUCUGUGUCUUCAAGGCUGGCCUGUGAACACACAAUUUAUUCAAAGGUCCCCGAAUCUUUUCACACGGCUGGCAUUCUCAAUCUGUCCAUCGUCUUUACCUGGUGCAGGGCAGCUGCUUGUUUGUUUCUCCACCUUUACAUCUAGGGUAUCUCAGCUGCUGGCCGGCCGGCAAGGGGCUUGCUGCUCUCCUUCUCCCCCAACGCCCAUGUCUGAUCUGGGCGGCUGCCUGCCUGUAGUCCUCUCACCUCGGCCCCGGGCUUCCUGACAAUAGCAUUCGAGAAUUGUAUUAUCCUGCCUUUUAAACAAAAAAAAAAUUCAUGUAUUUUACAUUGUUGUUUAAAUAGUUUUUUGUUUUUUAAAUGAUGAGCCUGAGAAAACACAAAAUGAUGAAGUUGAUUUGGAAGGUUAGUUUAGGUACGUUAGGUUAGAGCCACACCCCAAAAUGGCACAUAUUCCUGACAUAGUAUACACUACUAUGGCCCCGGGUAGUAGUGCACCAGAUAGGGUAUAGGGUGCUAUUUGGAACAUAGCCUAGGGUACACAAGAUGGAGUCCCUGUUAGCUCUGUUAGCUCUGUGUGGUGGUGAUGGGGGAUGGGCUGUUGCCUGGAGCCUGGGCCGGGGACCUCGUAUACUAUACUAUACUCAGUGGUGGAGAAAGUACCCAACUGUCAUACUUGAUUAAAAUGUAAAGAUACCUUAAUAGAAAAUGUCUCAAGUAAAAGGGAAUGUAACCCAGUAAAAUACAACUUGAGUAAAAGUGUAAAAGUAUUUUGUUUUAAAUAUACUUUAGUAUCAAAAGUAAAAGUAUAAAUCACUUAAAAGUCCUUCCAUUAAACAAACCAGACCUCACCAUUUUCUUGUUUUUUAAAUUUAGAAAUAGCCAGGGGUACACGCCAACAUAAUUUACAAAAGAAGCAUGCGUGUUUACUGAGUCCGCCAGAUCAGAGGCAGUAGGGAUGACCAGGGACGUUCUCUGUUUAGUGAGUCCUCCAGAUCAGAGGCAGUAGGGAUGACCAGGGAUGUUCUCUGUUUAGUGAGUCCGCCAGAUCAGAGGCAGUAGGGAUGACCAGGGACGUUCUCUGUUUAGUGAGUCCGCCAGAUCAGAGGCAGUAGGGAUGACCAGGGAUGUUCUCUGUUUAGUGAGUCCCCCAGAUCAGAGGCAGUAGGGAUGACCAGGGAUGUUCUCUGUUUAGUGAGUCCUCCAGAUCAGAGACAGUAGGGAUGACCAGGGAUGUUCUCUGUUUAGUGAGUCCUCCAGAUCAGAGCCAGUAGGGAUGACCAGGGAUGUUCUCUGUUUAGUGAUUCCUCCAGAUCAGAGGCAGUAGGGAUGACCAGGGAUGUUCUCUGUUUAGUGAGUCCUCCAGAUCAGAGGCAGUAGGGAUGACCAGGGAUGUUCUCUGUUUAGUGAGUCCUCCAGAUCAGAGGCAGUAGGGAUGACCAGGGAUGUUCUCUGUUUAGUGACUCCUCCAGAUCAGAAGCAGUAGGGAUGACCAGGGAUGUUCUCUGUUUAGUGAGUCCUCCAGAUCAGAGGCAGUAGGGACGACCAGGGAUGUUCUCUGUUUAGUGAGUCCUCCAGAUCAGAGGCAGUAGGGAUGACCAGGGAUGUUCUAUGUUUAGUGAGUCCUCCAGAUCAGAGGCAGUAGGGAUGACCAGGGAUGUUCUCUUGAUAACUUUGGGAAUUAGACUAUUUUCCUGCUUGUAAGGAGUGCUUUUGGGAGUCAGGGAAAAUGUAUGGAGUAAAAAUUACACUAUUUUAUUUAGGAAUGUAGUGAAGUAAAAGUAUAAGUUGUCAAAAAUGUAAAUAAUAAAGUACAGAUACUCCAAAAACGACUUAAGUAAUACUUUAAAGUAUUUUUACUUAAGUACUUUACACCACUGACUAUACAAUACGAUACGAUACUAUAUUAUUCAAUACUAUACGAUGCACACUGCUGCUGCUUGGCUGUGCUAGCAUGUUUAUAAAUUCAACCUUUCUUUGUCAAAUCAAGUGCCUUCAGUUGUAUUUUUUAACCAGCCCUAAAAUAACUACCAUUGUAGGUUUUGGGGUUUUGACACUUUUGUAAAAUAACUAACCUAAAAUAACACAAUGUCACAACAGGUGUAAAUAUACGUUUCAUGACUGUUAUGACCAUAUUAUGACAGGUUGUUAUGAGGUAAAGUGUUUCUGGGAUUUCUUUAUUUUUAAUGAACCCUAGCUUCUUUAUAUUUCAUUCUUAUUUCUGUUUUAUCGUUUAAUAAUCUUCUAAGUUAAUUAGGUUAAUAUUUCAUGAUUUAUUAUAGAUCAAACUGCUUUUUAGUUUUUCCCUUUAUCUCUAUGUUUUAUAGGUAGAUUGAGACAUUUUAACCGGGUCACCUUUCAGAACAUCACUGCAGCAGGGUCCAACUGACACGGGGCUCUUCAGAACCAACACCAGAAUCAGUUACAAGUUGCCUCUUUCACCGGGUCAUGAUUCCUGGUUGGUGGAUUCGUUGUGAUUUUAUCAGGGUUAGGGUUAUUGUAGCCUUAUCAAUCACACUCAGCUUUCAUUCUACCUGAGGAUAUUCUUAAUCAAUAACCCUCCCCCCAACAAAAGGAACAGUUUGAAGAAAACAAGGAAACAAGAGGCCCUUUGGAUCAAUAUGAACUGGUUUGAUGAUAGCGUCCCAAGUGGCACCCUACGUAGUUCACUACUCCAUACAUGUCAAAAGUAGUGCACCCUAUUCCCUACGUAGUUCACUACUCCAUACAUGUCAAAAGUAGUGCACCCUAUUCCUACGUAGUUCACUACUCCAUACAUGUCAAAGUAGUGCACCCUAUUCCCUACGUAGUUCACUACUCCAUACAUGUCAAAGUAGUGCACCCUAUUCCUACGUAGUUCACUACUCAAUACAUGUCAAAGUAGUGCACCCUAUUCCUACGUAGUUCACUACUCAAUACAUGUCAAAAGUAGUGCACCCUAUUCCCUACGUAGUUCACUACUCCAUACAUGUCAAAAGUAGUGCACCCUAUUCCUACGUAGUUCACUACUCAAUACAUGUCAAAAGUAGUGCACCCUAUUCCCUACGAAGUUCACUACUGCAUACAUGUCAAAAGUAGUGCACCCUAUUCCCUACGUAGUUCACUACUCCAUACAUGUCAAAGUAGUGCACCCUAUUCCCUACGAAGUUCACUACUGCAUACAUGUCAAAAGUAGUGCACCCUAUUCCCUACGUAGUUCACUACUCCAUACAUGUCAAAGUAGUGCACCCUAUUCCCUACGUAUUUCACUACUCAAUACAUGUCAAAAGUAGUGCACCCUAUUCCCUACGUAGUUCACUACUCCAUACAUGUCAGAAGUAGUGCACCCUAUUCCCUACGAAGUUCACUACUGCAUACAUGUCAAAAGUAGUGCACCUUGUAGGGAAUAGGGUGUCAUUUAGGAGCCAGUGAUUAUCUCCAUGUCUGAAAGGCAGUCUAUGGACUCACUGCCCUGACCUGCUGUUUUGUGCUGAAACAGAUGGUGGCUAGGACAUGUUUUAGCUGGUUAGAAAAGCAUUUUUAUGAGAUUACAGCCGGGGCUUGAUUUGAUCAAUGGUAGAUGUGAGUUACAGCAUGGGGACUCUAGUUGGUGUACAGUUAGAAUGUCUCCUCAUGAGAAAAAAUAUAAAAAAUCCCUCAGCUAUGAUUUUACUAAAGUCAGGAAUUGUUGUGAUGAGUUAUUUUUGUAUUUUUUUUUUAAAACAUUUCCUCAUAAUUCUUCUUCCAAAUGAUACUGAAUCUGCCUUCGCAGGUGACAAAAAUUAUGAAAAUGAUUUGUUAUUAUCAACCGCUAUCUGUCUUAACUACACAUGUAUAAGCGAAUGAGAGCAUGACUUAGGGUUUGAGGUAACAGAGAUGUCUGAGUAGUCGUAGAGGCAAAAUGCCAUCUGUAGACAUGGUGGCCAUUUUGAUUGACUAACCCUGUGAGGACUCUAGGAGAUCUAGAAUAGAACAAACAAGUGGUGUUUCUUCUUAUUUGAUAUUUUUGUCACGAGUUUGUUUCCAUUGUUCCAGAACAAGAGAACACUACAGCAUCAUUCUGUUAUUGCUAUAUUUCUUCUUCUAUGCUCAGAAUCGGUAUGUUCUCAGAUGUUUAAAUGGUGAUGACUCUCAGGGCUCUAUUCCAGCCGUAUCGCGGUAAUUGAGCAUCACGGCGUGAUUGAAAUUUAAAGGCAAUGCCUUCGCGUUAGCAGACUGCAUUUGACGGUAAAAGCUGAAAAUGCCGGCUCAAUAGGAAAUUACCUUUACAUUUCUAGUGCGCUAUGUGUAACACUUCAGCGAUCCAGACUGAGUAGAGCCCUAACACAUUAUCCAGACUGAAUAGAGCCCUAACACAUUAUCCAGACUGAAUAGAGCCCUAACACAUUAUCCAGACUGAAUAGAGCCCUAACACAUUAUCCAGACUGAAUAGAGCCCUAACACAUUAUCCAGACUGAAUAGAGCCCUAACACAUUAUCCAGACUGAAUAGAGCCCUAACACAUUAUCCAGACUGAAUAGAGCCCUAACACAUUAUCCAGACUGAAUAGAGCCCUAACACAUUAUCCAGACUGAAUAGAGCCCUAACACAUGAUCCAGACUGAAUAGAGCCCUAACACAUUAUCCAGACUGAAUAGAGCCCUAACACAUUAUCCAGACUGAAUAGAGCCCUAACACAUUAUCCAGACUGAAUAAAGCCCUAACACAUUAUCCAGAGCCCUAACACAUUAUCCAGACUGAAUAAAGCCCUAACACAUUAUCCAGAGCCCUAACAAAUUAUCCAGACUGAAUAGAGCCCUAACACAGAUCCAGACUGAAUAGAGCCCUAACACAUUAUCCAGACUGAAUAGAGCCCUAACACAUUACCCAGACUGAAUAGAGCCCUAACACAUUAUCCAGACUGAAUAGAGCCCUAACACAUUACCCAGACUGAAUAGAGCCCUAACACAUUAUCCAGACUGAAUAGAGCCCUAACACAUUAUCCAGACUGAAUAGAGCCCUAACACAUUAUCCAGACUGAAUAGAGCCCUAACACAUUACCCAGACUGAAUAGAGCCCUAACACAUUACCCAGACUGAAUAGAGCCCUAACACAUUACCCAGACUGAAUAGAGCCCUAACACAUUACCCAGACUGAAUAGAGCCCUAACACAUUAUCCAGACUGAAUAGAGCCCUAACACAUUAUCCAGACUGAAUAGAGCCCUAACACAUUAUCCAGACUGAAUAGAGCCCUAACACAUUAUCCAGACUGAAUAGAGCCCUAACACAUUAUCCAGACUGAAUAGAGCCCUAACACAUUAUCCAGGCUGAAUAGAGCCCUAACACAUUAUCCAGACUGAAUAGAGCCCUAUCACAUUAUCCAGACUGAAUAGAGCCCUAACACAUUAUCCAGACUGAAUAGAGCCCUAACACAUUAUCCAGACUGAAUAGAGCCCUAACACAUUAUCCAGACUGAAUAGAGCCCUAACACAUUAUCCAGACUGAAUAGAGCCCUAACACAUUAUCCAGACUGAAUAGAGCCCUAACACAUUAUCCAGGCUGAAUAGAGCCCUAACACAUUAUCCAGACUGAAUAGAGCCCUAUCACAUUAUCCAGACUGAAUAGAGCCCUAACACAUUAUCCAGACUGAAUAGAGCCCUAACACAUUACCCAGACUGAAUAGAGCCCUAACACAUUACCCAGACUGAAUAGAGCCCUAACACAUUAUCCAGACUGAAUAGAGCCCUAACACAUUAUCCAGACCCCUAACAAAUUAUCCAGACUGAAUAGAGCCCUAACACAUUAUCCAGACUGAAUAGAGCCCUAGCACAUUAUCCAGACUGAAUAGAGCCCUAACACAUUAUCCAGACUGAAUAGAGCCCUAACACAUUAUCCAGAGCCCUAACACAUUAUCCAGACUGAAUAGAGCCCUAACACAUUACCCAGACUGAAUAGAGCCCUAACACAUUACCCAGACUGAAUAGAGCCCUAACACAUUAUCCAGACUGAAUAGAGCCCUAACACAUUAUCCAGACUGAAUAGAGCCCUAACACAUUAUCCAGAGCCCUAACACAUUAUCCAGACUGAAUAGAGCCCUAACACAUUAUCCAGACUGAAUAGAGCCCUAACACAUUAUCCAGACUGAAUAGAGCCCUAACACAUGACCCAGACUGAAUAGAGCCCUAACACAUUAUCCAGAGCCCUAACACAUUAUCCAGAGCCCUAACACAUUAUCCAGACUGAAUAGAGCCCUAACACAUUAUCCAGACUGAAUAGAGCCCUAACACAUUAUCCAGACUGAAUAGAGCCCUAACAAAUUAUCCAGACUGAAUAGAGCCCUAACUCAUUAUCCAGACUGAAUAGAGCCCUAACACAUGACCCAGACUGAAUAGAGCCCUAACACAUUAUCCAGAGCCCUAACACAUUAUCCAGAGCCCUAACACAUUAUGCAGACUGAAUAGAGCCCUAACACAUUAUCCAGACCCCUAACAAAUUAUCCAGACUGAAUAGAGCCCUAACACAUUAUCCAGAGCCCUAACACAUUAUCCAGACUGAAUAGAGCCCUAACACAUUAUCCAGACUGAAUAGAGCCCUAACACAUUAUCCAGACUGAAUAGAGCCCUAACACAUUACCCAGACUGAAUAGAGCCCUAACACAUUACCCAGACUGAAUAGAGCCCUAACACAUUAUCCAGACUGAAUAGAGCCCUAACACAUUAUCCAGAGCCCUAACACAUUAUCCAUAUUGUCUGCCAUAGAGGAAGGACAUCUGGACGACUGAUGAUAUAUAGCUACACUACAAAGCCAAGAUGCUAAAUUGGCAGUAUUUACCUUUUUACAGAACAAAUGUUUUACAUUGUUACCAUGUACAUUUUGAGUGUGGAUUAUGUUUUCAGUCAUUUCCAUUCAGUUCAUUAUCUUGCUGAUCAUGUAUAGUACUGAUUGUGGCUAUUGAAUGGACGGGUUAAACAGUGAGAGAGACAGAACAAGGCAACUAAAGGGACGUUUCUUGUAAUUGUUGGCGGUCUGCUACUCUACCGUGCUUGUAUUGCACAUAUACAGAAUGUUGGCAGAAAUGAUUUAUUUGUCACAGAAGUGUGACUUUGGCCAUAGCUAGUUUGUGUAAUUGUCAGACUAAAUCAAACCAAAUCAAUGUUUAUUUGUCACGUGCGCCGAAUACAACAGGUGUGGUAGACUUUACAGUGAAAUGCUUACUUACAGGCUCUAACCAAUUGUGCAAAAAAUGUAUUAGGUGAACAAUGGGUAGGUACAGUUAACUGUUGACUGUCUUUAGAGCGUAGUACUAACCACUGUCAGACUACAGUUAACUGUUGACUGUCUUUGGAGCAGGACUAACCACUGUCAGACUACAGUUAACUGUUGACUGUCUUUGGAGCAGGACUAACCACUGUCAGACUACAGUUAACUGUCUUUGGAGCAGGACUAACCACUGUCAGACUACAGUUAACUGUCUUUGGAGCAGGACUAACCACUGUCAGACUACAGUUAACUGUCUUUGGAGCAGGACUAACCACUGUCAGACUACAGUUAACUGUUGACUGUCUUUGGAGCAGGACUAACCACUGUCAGACUACAGUUAACAGUUGACUGUCUUUGGAGCAGGACUAACCACUGUCAGACUACAGUUGACUGUCUUUGGAGCAGGACUAACCACUGUCAGACUACAGUUAACUGUCUUUGGAGCAGGACUAACCACUGUCAGACUACAGUUAACUGUUGACUGUCUUUGGAGCAGGACUAACCACUGUCAGACUACAGUUAACAGUUGACUGUCUUUGGAGCAGGACUAACCACUGUCAGACUACAGUUGACUGUCUUUGGAGCAGGACUAACCACUGUCAGACUACAGUUAACUGUCUUUGGAGCAGGACUAACCACUGUCAGACUACAGUUAACUGUCUUUGGAGCAGGACUAAUCACUGUCAGACUACAGUUAACUGUUGACUGUCUUUGGAGCAGGACUAAUCACUGUCAGACUACAGUUAACUGUUGACUGUCUUUGGAGCAGGACUAACCACUGUCACACUACAGUUAACUGUUAACUGUCUUUGGAGCAGGACUAAUCACUGUCAGUCUACAGUUAACUGUUGACUGUCUUUGGAGCAGGACUAACCACUGUCAGGCUACAGUUAACUGUUGACUGUCUUUGGAGCAGGACUAACCACUGUCAGACUACAGUUAACUGUCUUUGGAGCAGGACUAACCACUGUCAGACUACAGUUAACUGUUGACUGUCUUUGGAGCAGGACUAACCACUGUCAGACAGCAGUUAACUGUCUUUGGAGCAGGACUAACCACUGUCAGACUACAGUUAACUGUCUUUGGAGCAGGACUAACCACUGUCAGACUACAGUUAACUGUUGACUGUCUUUGGAGCAGGACUAACCACUGUCAGACUACAGUUAACUGUUGACUGUCUUUGGAGCAGGACUAACCACUGUCAGACUACAGUUAACAGUUGACUGUCUUUGGAGCAGGAAUAACCACUGUCAGGCUACAGUUAACUGUUGACUGUCUUUGGAGCAGGACUAACCACUGUCAGACUACAGUUAACUGUUGACUGUCUUUGGAGCAGGACUAACCACUGUCAGACUACAGUUAACUGUUGACUGUCUUUGGAGCAGGACUAACCACUGUCAGACUACAGUUAACUGUCUUUGGAGCAGGACUAACCACUGUCAGACUACAGUUAACUGUCUUUGGAGCAGGACUAACCACUGUCAGACUACAGUUAACUGUUGACUGUCUUUGGAGCAGGACUAACCACUGUCAGACUACAGUUAACUGUUGACUGUCUUUGGAGCAGGACUAACCACUGUCAGACUACAGUUAACUGUUGACUGUCUUUGGAGCAGGACUAACCACUGUCAGACUACAGUUAACUGUUGACUGUCUUUGGAGCAGGACUAACCACUGUCAGACUACAGUUAACUGUCUUUGGAGCAGGACUAACCACUGUCAGACUACAGUUAACUGUUGACUGUCUUUGGAGCAGGACUAACCACUGUCAGACUACAGUUAACUGUUGACUGUCUUUGGAGCAGGACUAACCACUGUCAGACUACAGUUAACUGUCUUUGGAGCAGGACUAACCACUGUCAGACUACAGUUAACUGUCUUUGGAGCAGGACUAACCACUGUCAGACUACAGUUAACUGUUGACUGUCUUUGGAGCAGGACUAACCACUGUCAGACUACAGUUAACUGUUGACUGUCUUUGGAGCAGGACUAACCACUGUCAGACUACAGUUAACUGUUGACUGUCUUUGGAGCAGGACUAACCACUGUCAGACUACAGUUAACUGUUGACUGUCUUUGGAGCAGGACUAACCACUGUCAGACUACAGUUAACUGUUGACUGUCUUUGGAGCAGGACUAACCACUGUCAGACUACAGUUAACUGUCUUUGGAGCAGGACUAACCACUGUCAGACUACAGUUAACUGUCUUUGGAGCAGGACUAACCACUGUCAGACUACAGUUAACUGUUGACUGUCUUUUGAGCAUGACUAACCACUGUCAGACUACAGUUAACUGUUGACUGUCUUUGGAGCAGGACUAACCACUGUCAGACUACAGUUAACUGUUGACUGUCUUUGGAGCAGGACUAACCACUGUCAGACUACAGUUAACUGUUGACUGUCUUUGGAGCAGGACUAACCACUGUCAGACUACAGUUAACUGUUGACUGUCUUUGGAGCAGGACUAACCACUGUCAGACUACAGUUAACUGUUGACUGUCUUUGGAGCAGGACUAACCACUGUCAGACUUCAGUUAACUGUCUUUGGAGCAGGACUAACCACUGUCAGACUACAGUUAACUGUUGACUGUCUUUGGAGCAGGACUAACCACUGUCAGACUACAGUUAACUGUCUUUGGAGCAGGACUAACCACUGUCAGACUACAGUUAACUGUCUUUGGAGCAGGACUAACCACUGUCAGACUACAGUUAACUGUUGACUGUCUUUGGAGCAGGACUAACCACUGUCAGACUACAGUUAACUGUCUUUGGAGCAGGACUAACCACUGUCAGACUACAGUUAACUGUCUUUGGAGCAGGACUAACCACUGUCAGACUACAGUUAACUGUUGACUGUCUUUGGAGCAGGACUAACCACUGUCAGACUACAGUUAACUGUUAACUGUCUUUGGAGCAGGACUAACCACUUUCAGACUACAGUUAACUGUUGACUGUCUUUGGAGCAGGACUAACCACUGUCAGACUACAGUUAACUGUCUUUGGAGCAGGACUAACCACUGUCAGACUACAGUUAACUGUUGACUGUCUUUGGAGCAGGACUAACCACUGUCAGACUACAGUUAACUGUCUUUGGAGCAGGACUAACCACUGUCAGACUACAGUUAACUGUCUUUGGAGCAGGACUAACCACUGUCAGACUACAGUUAACUGUUGACUGUCUUUGGAGCAGGACUAACCACUGUCAGACUACAGUUAACUGUUAACUGUCUUUGGAGCAGGACUAACCACUGUCAGACUACAGUUAAAUGUCUUUGGAGCAGGACUAACCACUGUCAGACUACAGUUAACUGUUGACUGUCUUUGGAGCAGGACUAACCACUGUCAGACUACAGUUAACUGUUAACUGUCUUUGGAGCAGGACUAACCACUGUCAGACUACAGUUAACUGUUGACUGUCUUUGGAGCAGGACUAACCACUGUCAGACUACAGUUAACUGUUAACUGUCUUUGGAGCAGGACUAACCACUGUCAGACUACAGUUAACUGUUAACUGUCUUUGGAGCAGGACUAACCACUCAUGAUUAAAGGAUUGGUAUUUAGACAUUAUCUAAAUGCACACAACAAAAAUGAAACUAUAUUCAGUAACCUGUGAUCAUGUUAUAGAUAUUAUUUGCAUGUAUUUUUAUCUUUAUCUUCUUCUAUAAUACUUUGAAUUGGAAUAAAGUGUAUACGUUCUGGUAA